UUGAGAUCAUGGUUAGAACACGCUUAUCAGCCAAGGCAGCUAUGGAUGAUACGGUUUCAUACCUCACUGCUGUGAAGGAAGCAUUUCGUGUUGAACCUGCCAAAUUUAAGGAAUUUCUCAAGAUCUUAAAUGAUUUUAAAAAUCAUCGAAUGUAUAAAGAUAGUGGCAUUGCAAGGAUGACUGAGCUCAUUAAAGGGCACCCAAAGCUGCUUCUUGGUCUCAGUGUCUUCCUUCCCAAGGCUAAGACAACCAUCCCUGCAGCCAAGGCUAACAAAGUGUUAGGCCAAUCUCAAACAAUAUCCGUCAUAAAAGUAUCACCGGAGCUAACGACGCUUAAUAAGUCUGCUUACUUGGCUUCUUUGAAAGAGGCAUUUCGUAAUGAAUCUGGAAAGUAUAAUGAAUGGCACAAUAUUUUGAAAGAUUUUAAACCUCUUUGUAGAAUUGAUGAGGCUACUGUCAUUUCAAGGAUGGAGGAGCUCAUGAAAAACCACCGGAAGCUUCUUCUCAGUUUCAGCGUCUUCCUUUCAGCUGGGGCUAAGAUAACCAUCCCUCCCGAGGCUGAACAACAUAUUACGUCAGCUGGGAUGACCAUCUCUCCCGAGGCUGAGCAACAUAUUACAUCAGCUGGGGAUAAGAUGAUCAUCUCUCCCGAGGUUGAGCAACAUAUUGUGUCCGAUAAUAACAAAAGAAAGCGAGCUAAGUGUGAUGAUCCAGAUUAUGAUCCAGAUAUUGUGAACAAGCCUAAGGUAUAA